GAGUCUACUGUGAGGGAAACUGGGGAAGUGGAUUCCUUUCUUGGGUUUAAGAGUGUGUUUUCCUUCCUCUGAUUUUUGAACCUAUCAUUUGGUGUAUGAAGUAACAUUUUCUAUAAGGGUUUCUCAUCUGUUGGUUACAUCUCUUUUAGUCUGUAAUAAUAUUUCACCAUUCUGCACUGCCUUAAGUUGUGCAGUACUCUAACGGUGUCAUGAAAGUCAAAGAACCAGUGCUUUUAGAGUAGGGAUGGCAACCCCGCCCGAACCGUUGGUUAACUCAACUGUACCGAACCACUUGAUACGGUUUUUAACCAGAAUUUUAACCGUGGUUUUAGUUAUUGAAUUUUAAAAACAGACUGAUUCGGUUACUGUUCGGAUUUUAGGUGAUAACCGAACCGAACAGUAACCGUAACCGAACCGUAAGAUGUCUCAACUUUAAAGCUCGUAUCAGGUGCCCAAAUCGUCAGGAAUGACCCUAUUACUUACUGAAAUAUUUUUCUAUUACUAAAUUUUUUAAUAUAAAUAUUCUAUCGCUAUUAAUAUAAAUCUUCUAUCGCUUGACAUUAAAGAAAAAGAUUGCAAAAGUUUCAGUGUAUUUAAACGAUGUCGUGCAAGCUUGACUGCGUAACAUGUGGGCCGUUGCAUAUCUUGCAGAACGAAAUCAAAUGGCGUUUUUUGCACUAUAUUUCGUAAUCAACGGUAGAAAAUAACAGCCACGCAAGUAUGCUAUACCCGUAUCCGUAUGCUGCACCGCACUGGAUUAUUUCACCACCGCCACCUCCACCGUUAUUACCCUGAAAUCACGAAGCAUCCAGCUGUCCAGUGUGUGUACUCUCUCUCUCUCUCUCUCUCUCUCUCUCUCUCUCUCUCUCUCCCCGCCAAGCUUCGGUGGGUUUCUUAAUUGUUUGCUGUUUUAGCGAUCCAGGAGAGAAUGGCGGCCGCUCGACAUGCUGCAUAUCAUGGUCCAAGUAUAUUGAAGGAGAUCUUUUACGGAAUAACCCUUGGCCUCGCGGCCGGUGGCCUUUGGAAAAUGCAUCAUUGGAACAACAAGAAGAGGACCAAGGAGUUCUAUGAUUUGCUUGAGAAAGGUGUAAUCACCGUCGUCGUUGAAGAUGAGUAGGAUGGUUUUGAUGUAAAUAUAGAACAUUUGUGUACGUGAGGUAAUGAACUACUCUUUUGAGAGCUUAAGUUUUUUUCAUUGGAUGUCAA